CCAGAAAUCUUCAUCAUGGCCUACAAAGCAGCACAUUUGGCCUUCAAGUCGCGCUGGCACAAGACGGACGAAGAGCUCUGUCGGCACAGCAUGUCCUUUGUCUUGCACAAGGCAAUCCAAAAUGACUUCUUCAAGUGUUACCUUUAUCUGCUGGAAAAGCUUCCCCUGGUGAAACUUUAUGCCCUGACAAGUCAAGUCAUCAAUGGGGAGAUGCAGUUCUACGCCAGGGCCAAGCACUUCUACCGGGAGGUGCCGGCCACGGAAGAGGGAAUGAUGGGCGACUACAUCGAGCUCUCCAACACAGACGUGGAAUCCUCUCGGGAAUUCCUCAGGAAGUUUGUUGGGGGGGUGGGGAAAGCUGGCACCAGCCGCGCCCUGGACUGUGGCUCUGGGAUAGGUCGGAUCAGUAAGCACGUCCUGCUGCCAGUUUUCAAGAGUGUGGAGCUGGUGGAUAUGAUGGAGAAUUUCCUGGCUGAGGUGCCAAACUACCUGCAGGGCAAGGAGGACAGAGUAGAGAUGUAUUACUGCAAAAGCCUCCAGGAAUUCACUCCGGCCCCACGAAGAUACGACGUCAUCUGGAUUCAGUGGGUUUCAGGAUACCUGACAGACAAAGAUCUCCUGGAGUUUCUCAUCCGCUGCCAGGGCGGCUUGAAGGAUAACGGUGUGAUCAUCCUGAAGGACAAUGUGGCCAGGGAGGGCUGCACCCUGGAUUGCCUGGACAGCAGUGUCAUCCGAGACCUGAACAUCCUGCACAGCCUCAUCGAGAUGAGUGGACUCAGCAUCCUGCAGGAGGAGAGGCAGGAGGGCUUCCCUGAGCAGUGUGUCCCUGUGUGGAUGCUGGCCCUGCAGAAAGGCUCUGGCCACUCCUGACUGCCCAGCGAGCCUGCACAGACUGGGCUGCGCAUGAACCACGGGGCUGGGAGGGGAAAAGCAACUCCUGGAAUCCUCCUAGCCAUGCCCUGCUCCAGGGCAGCAUCUCCUAAAGGAUUGGGAGAGAAGGACAAAGCUUCUCUCAAGAACUUCUAAAUCCUACCUGCUCCAUCCUUCUUUCCAUUGUUAAGUCUUUCCUAACCUCCUUGUCAGAUCUCUUCCGUUAAGGAGUCAAUACUGUACAACACUAAUAGAAAAUAAUUAGGUCUGCAUUUUCUGUAGUAGUUAAUUUUGGGGUGUGUUAACAAAGCCUGGUUUUUACUAUGGCACUUAAGUCCUCUUGGUGUUCAAGAAGGAUCUGACAGGUCACUGAAGCAGGAAAUUCAAGUAACUUCUGGAAAACUUCACUCAAAUUUUGACUGUCCUCUCUACCUGUACUUUAAAAUAUUUAAAUCAAGAAUAUAAGAAAAGUUUUAUCUUUUUCUUGGUAUUUGCUAGGCAGUUUUUGAUUUUUUUUUUUUUCAUUUCCAUCAAUUUGGACAAUAAAACAACCUGGUUAAUUUUCCAUUUUUAGGAGAUACUUCAUCUUCCUGAUGUCUCUGCUGUAGAACAAUAGUGGUGCAUAAGGGAUUUCACACUCUGGGGGAAAGCUUGGCUGACAAAUAUCUGCAUGUUUGCAUUGAAAUUUUGUGAAAAGCUUGCCCCACAUAUUACAUUCUGGAAAAUAUUUUUUUUUCUUCAGAAUGUUCACAGUGGAAACCACUUAAAAGCCUCUCUUUAUUAUUCAUACCACUGUACAUUUCUUUCUUUCCCACAUUCAGAACAAGUCUGGCACCAUAUGCAGAGCUAAUGGGAUUUCACAGAGCGUUAAUAGUAAGACUGUAAGAAGAACUAAUACAGUAUUGUAUUAAUUAACAACUGUGCUAAACUGCAGAGAGUGUUAGUGUAACCCAAAAGCUGAGAUUUAUAUCCAAAGAGCAGCUGUAUGAGCCUGCAUUUGAAAAUACUGACAUGCAGCCCAUCUCCUUAAGGCUCACAGAAAUUACACAUGAGGCUUCUUGUCCUCUUUGUAAAGAUACAGAAAGUGCUGGGGGAGGACAGUUCAUUUUUCAAACAAAUUCAGAAUUUGGAAUUCUGCUUCGUUCUAAAGACAUGAAGGGGGAAUUUCAAAAUUUGUUAUGAGGGAAAGCUACAUAACCACAGUUUUGAUAAAAAUUCAUUAUCCAGACAAAAUCUAAUGUUUCUUUUGAAUUGAACUUUUAAUAUAAUUUGCACUUCUAAAAAAGUUUACUAAGGCUUGUUCAAAAUUUUAGAAAUGAACGAUAACAUUAUAAACAUUCCGACUGUCAGAAUUUUUAUCACUUUUUACUCCCCUGAAAUGCAAUCCUGGCAAAGCUUUUCAGACUUUUUAAAGAGUUGCACUAUGACAAAUCUCUCUGUGCUAGUGGAAAAGAGUUCUAUAAAACAUCCCUCACAUGACAGCAGGCACAAUUGGCUGUGUCAAAUAUUGUCAGCUGGGUUAGAUUAACUAAAAAAGAAGCCUGAAGAUAACAAGAUAAGGGAGCCUCUCAGCUGGAUUUUAGUACGCAUUGCUGUCCUUUGAUAACAAAUCUCCAAUUUUGAUUUUAAUUGCAUAACUCAUCUUCUCUGGCAAUAUGUUUGCACAUGUUGAGAAUUACCAGUUUAUGGCAGAAGGCUUUCUGCCAUCAGCUCUUAUCCAAGUAACUCUUCUGUUAAUGUUCCAUGGCUAAUUGGAGCAUUAAGGAAAACCACACUGGUGAUUUGGUGAAUAUUCUGGCAUUUCUUACAGCCUAGGAACUGAUGGUUCCCACGACACAGAUGCUUCUGGAAUGUUUUGACUAAUUCUUCCAUUUUGAUCAGCUGGUACUGGAUGGAAAUUGAGUAAAAUUUUUAUCAAGAUAGAAGCAUCAGUCCUAUAGCAAAAAGAAGGGAAUAUUUACAUGUUUUCCUUUACAUGGAUUACAAAUUAAUUUGUCUUUCUCCAUUUUUUCUCCCAGCCAGAGACAUCUGCCAUGGUGCAGAAUCCUUGGGGACUUGGAGAUCCUUGUGCAGUGGUGUCUGUGCCAGGCAGCUCUGAGUGGUGGUGUCACUGCAAUGGUGAGGGAAUGGCAUUGUGGAAAUGGGGGGAAUAAAGAAUUUGAUACAAAUCCAAACUGCUGCCACAUCUUACACAGGGCACAAUAUAUCAGCUGGUCAUGUGCACACCAGAGUGGUGCAGUUCAGUAAUGAGAGACAUGGUUCCAAGGUGGAUUUAGAAUGC